GUUGAGCUAAGUAGGAAAUUGUGUGUAUUAGAAGAAAAUAAGCUGCAUUUUAAUAUUGGAUCCAUAUUGACCUGCUGGGGUUUGUUUUGGUACAAAGUAGGCUAUUACACUCUAGAAAGCGGCAAUAAUGUGUACCAAAUAUUCAACCGGAGAGGAACCAGCGCGCUACACUGUGACAACUUACGUCGAACGUUGUGAGCUGUAUUGCGAAUUCGAAGCGGAAGCUGGUCCGUCUACUCUUUCGUCCGACUGUGGUCACAUCGAAUUCUGACCUUAUGAUCUGGAUAGUCAGCCUCUAAGGACAGCUAACUGUCACCUCGUCACAUAUGAUUAUAAGCUCCUGCAGAAUGCCUGGAUCCGUCCCAGCCAAUGGCGAGGCCACGUGGCCCAAGGACGUGGGUGUCAUCGCCCUCGAGAUCUACUUCCCCUCCCAGUAUGUGGACCAAGCCGAGCUGGAGCAGUUUGACGGCGUGUCGGCCGGCAAGUACACCGCGGGCCUGGGCCAGGCCCGCAUGGGCUUCUGCUCGGACCGCGAGGACAUCAACUCCCUCUGCCUGACUGUGGUCCAGCGUCUGAUGGAACAGAAUGGCCUCUCCUACGACCAGGUGGGCCGCCUGGAGGUCGGCACGGAGACCAUAAUUGACAAGUCAAAGUCGGUGAAGACCGUGGUGAUGCAGCUGUUUGAGGAGUCGGGCAACACCGAUGUGGAGGGGAUAGACACGACCAACGCCUGCUAUGGGGGCACCGCGGCCCUGUUCAACGCCGUCAACUGGGUGGAGUCUAGCUCCUGGGACGGCCGUUAUGCCCUGGUGGUGGCAGGAGACAUUGCAGUUUACGCAACUGGAAGUGCCCGACCAACAGGGGGCGCUGGUGCAAUAGCCAUGUUGAUUGGGCCAAAUGCCCCACUGGCUUUUGACAGAGGUCUGCGGGGAACACACAUGCAGCACGCCUACGACUUCUACAAGCCCGACAUGGGAUCAGAGUACCCUGUGGUGGACGGAAAGCUGUCCAUCAAGUGCUACCUCAGCGCCCUAGAUCGCUGCUACGCUGUGUAUCGCAACAAGAUCCACGCACAGUGGCAAAGAGAGGGCGUGGACAGGCGUUUCAGCCUGGAGGACUUUGGCUACAUGGUGUUCCACUCGCCCUACUGCAAGCUGGUGCAGAAGUCCCUGGCUCGUCUGCUGCUCAACGACUUCCUCAGUCACACCAGCCCCGACACGGAGACCGGGCCGUUCAGUGGUCUGGAGGCUUUCAGGGAUGUGAAGCUGGAGGACACCUACUUCGACAGGGACGUGGAGAAGGCCUUCAUGAAGGCCAGCACAGAGAUGUUUGAGCAGAAGACCAAGGCCUCCCUCCUCGUCUCCAGCCAGAACGGCAACAUGUACACCCCCUCGGUCUACGGCUGCCUGGCCUCUGUCCUCGCUCAACACGCACCCCAGGACUUGGCUGGCCAGAGAAUCGGCCUGUUCUCAUACGGCUCGGGGUUUGCCGCCACGCUCUACUCUCUCCGCGUCUCCCAGGACGCCACCCCCGGUUCUGGUCUGGAUAAGCUCUGUGCCAGCCUGUUUGACCUCAAGGCCAGACUGGACUCCAGGAGAAAGGUGUCACCCGCUGUGUUUGCUGACAAUCUGCAGCUGAGGGAAAAGACUCACCACCUGGCCCCCUACGUUCCCCAGGGGUCUGUGGAGGACCUGUUCCCAGGGACGUGGUACCUUACCCGGGUGGACGAGAAGCACCGCAGGGAGUACGCCAGACGCUCCCUGAACGACAGUGACCGCCCCCUAGAGGCCGGCAUGGUGAACUCCACCACAGCCUCUGAGCACAUCCCAAGUCCGGUGAAGAAAAUGCCCCGUAUCCCUGCUUCCACAGCUGGUCCGGAGGCGGUCACCAUUAGCAACGGCGAUCACUAAGGAAAACUUACCUCUGUGAGGUACAGGUUGACUUGGAGGAAGGUCAACGAAGGACAUUAGAAAACACAAUUCACUUGCUAGCAGAGAGGAUGAGACCUUCUUCAGUAUGUUUGGCAACAUAUCUACAAAGUAACACCAGGAUAUUUAACGAUCACCUUUAUAGAAUCUAUCUUUAAUCAGCAAAUAUUGUUGGAUUUUACAAGGUGGCAGACACUCCUGAAUGUUUCCGCUGUCAAUAUCCCCUGCUAUUCUCCGAGCCAGACUGAAGUCAUUUCAAACUGUGGAUCAGAUUUUGGCCCAGAUUGUUCCAGUGGUGCACAUUGUGCAUAUACCUUUUGAAAGAAAUUAUAUACAGCCCAACAAAAUCAACAAGCUCUUGUAAUUAAUUCUGGACCAGUUGUUUGUUGAAAUACUUAUUUUACACUAAUAUAUUUAAUAUUUUAUCAUGGUGCAGACUUCACACUGGAAUAGGGAGGUCCAUCUUAUGUUGUCUUUAUUUUCGGUACCAGGGGGAAAUGGAAAUGGAAGCUUGAGGAACAUGGCUGCCUGUAGGUCUUCAGGGAUGAUGAAAAGGGAAGUGGCGGCCUCUAACUCUCUGUGUUAGUUUAUCAAAUGCUGCUACUACCAUGGCAACUUGAUACUACCGUGGCAACUUGAUACUACCGUGGCAACUUGAUACUACCGUGGCAACUUGCAGUAAUGACUUAAGUUGUAGAAAGAAGCUUUUUGUAGAGUUUGACUGCUUUCAGAAUACCUCAGCUGUACAGAGGAAAUGCACAAAGGGCCUGUAUGUUGGUUUUUCUUAUCUUACGACUCUUCCUUUAAUACAACCAUGACCAAAUAUCAAGAGAGACGGACAGAGGUUUGUGUUCACUGCCAUAAUCCAAGUUUAAAUCAUGAAAUCUGAUUUUACUGCUACAUUGAAUGUAGUAUAGGCAAAAUGUGAUGAAUGCCGUGUGACAUUUGUUCAGAGUGUUCAUUCAUGCCGGGCUCUGAAAAUAUGUUUGAAGUUUUUGAGUGUCCAUAUCUAUCAAUUUAAUGGAGUUAUGUACCUGGCAUAUAUUUACAUGAUCAAUUUAGUCUUGUGUGCAAACUUCAAAAUCUGUUUUCAAUUACAAUUCGUUUGACAAAUGGUUGGGAUAUUUCCUACACAAUACAUUUGACAAUAUGUAGACAAGGAUUUAAAUGGACAAAAGUAAGGAAUGUUGUUCACCUCUUCUGAAACCCAGUCAUGUUUCACUGAAACUAUAUGCAAUUUGUCUCCUUGAUUUCUUUGUUAAAAAAGGAAGCUGUGUCGACCAAGCUUGUCUUGAGACUUGAACUGUGCUCACAUGAGAAAUCUGUUUUUCACUGUUUUAUUAGCUGCAGUUCUAGUCACUAGUGGAUGCAAAACCAGGGCAGAGCAGUCCUGAACGGUUGACCUUGGUUUAGCUCAGUGUUGCGAAAAGGAUAUUUGUGUUGUGUACUUGCGUUAGUUUGUGCCAAACUACUAAUGAGGAAGCAGCACAUUUCUAGAGAUUGGUCACGACUGCAAAUCGCAUUGGGGAUGUUGACACACGGAAUGUGCCUAAGUCUCAAUGUUAAAGUAACUGUCCAGUAAAAAUCGCACUUCAAAGUCAAGAUUCUGUUAAUGCAAAGUAAUGUUGUUCACUGCUAUCCAUAUGUUUGGUAAGGUAAUACAUUGGAGAGGAAAUAAUAAUAAUAAUAAAAACUGACCUCUCAAACUCUCUCAUUUAAAAUAUGGAUUGAUAUUUCUUCAAAGACAAUGACGUAAUUCUCCUGAAGAGGAAGAGUAGUUGACCAAUGAGCGGUCAGCGUAUGUUUGUAAUGACUUACAAGUGACCUUUUAAAAGACCCCCUGGACAGUUACUUCAAUAGCAGUAUUCCAAUGUAAACAGUAGGUUGCCUUUCUAUGCCAUAUUUGUUGUUCUAACAAAAAUGUCUGUCAAGGGUAUAUGACAUCUUAGGUGGAUGAAUAGAGUGAAAUGGCAACAACCAUCCUUUAGGUCUGUCAUAUUUUCAUACUUAGGGCCUUAAUUUCAAAAGGGCUCAUUAACAGAUAACGGUAUGAGUGCAGGAACAAUUCUUGUGAAUUAAAGAAAACAAUGUUUUUUUUUUUUUCUCUGACUUGAAGACAGAAGUUACCAGAAUCUGUCCAGAACGGGUUUUGUUCCCUCUAAGGUGUUCUGUUAAUCCAUAAUUUUUUUUGUUUUUUACACUGACGAGGAUAAAACUAACUAGUUUGAGACUGUGAAGAUACCAAAUCUUGUCACAGGCAGAAAAUGCUCUGGCAGAACAAUCUACAAACAUCAGCCUUAAAAGGAACAGAGUUGGGGGCAUACUUGUUUUUUCUUUCACCAUCACCAGUUUUUUUGCAUUUCCUCUGAAACAUUUGCAGAAAGGCCUCCAAACUGCUCUAGGGGUUCACUUAUAGUCGACAUGAAAUUUCUCACGUUUUCAGAAGCCUUACAAAAAGCAUGUACUAAGUGUAGAAAAUCGCUGUAACUAAUACUGUACAUAUAUUUUUCUUUUCUAAUUUUAACAGCCAAGUUGCCUCCGAGGCUAUAUUUGAGUAUGGCUGAUGUUUACAUGAAGUUUCUCUGAGAUCAGAUAAUGUUACCAAUUAUUUUGGUGAGUAAUGUAUAGUGCUAACUGUAAUGUAUAGUACUAACUGCAAGAUUAUUUUUAUUUGUAGAUAUAAAUAAAUUGAUUUCUGAUCAGGUGUCUCUCUACCUGUGUAAAGGUGAUGUGAUAACAGUGGAUGUAGAGAGGUAUUGAGAGAUGGACUGACUAAUAAAUCUCUGUUCAUUUAAA